GAAUAAAGAAGUUUAGUUUGAGCAAGAUGGCCGGCCGGUGGGGUUCGGCCAUUUACUACGUCGUGCUGAUCCUCAAUCUGAUCCUGCUGACCGAGUGCAAUUACGGCGAGCGGUACGGUGACAAGGCGAGGUCGCUGCAUCUUGCGAAGGAGAAUGAUUCGCCGUACAGGGAGCCGCUCGUCAUCACGAAGCGGAGCGCGGAGCCGACGCGCGGCCACGGCGACGAGAAAACGCCGUCGCUGUCGCGUACGCGCAGGGACGCGCCGACGGAGCAGCAGCAGCAGCAGCAGCAGCAUCCAAACAAUAACCCAAACAUUACGACGAAGGUCAACGCUUUAAAUGAUUCACAUCAGCAAUUGAUGGUCCACUGGGUCGGGGAGGGCUCCAACGUAAUAAUAUGUCUGGCAAGGGAUAGUACGCCCGUGAUGCGCUUCCAGGCAGGAAGAUUCUCUUCCCCGACCCACCCCAGUGCUGUGUACAUAAGCUACGACUACGGUGAUACAUUUGAGAAUAAGACUGAGGAGUUCAGGAUUUCAUCCGAUCCCAAUGCUCCGUAUGCGGUUGUGGACAAGUUCACCAAUCACCCCAAGUUCUUUCAGCAUUGCGUUUUCGUGGACAGUUUGAAUAGUCUGAUAUUUAUUACGAGUAAUAACGGAAUAAAUAUUCAGAGGUCCUCGGUGCCGUUUCACCCGAGUGAAAUUUCAUAUUAUGACUCAGACCCACGUGUGCUCGUCGCGUUGGACAAGAUCGAUUCGAUACGAAAGUUAUGGCUGUCGAUCGAUCGCGGAAUGGUCUGGAUACCGAUCCAUCAAUAUGUGAAGGCUUUCUUCUGGUCGCCCUAUCAAGUUUUAUAUGUGGAACGUACAGAACCCAGCGGUUCGAACACCGUUUUAAAAUUGGAUAUCAAAAACUUACUUGCGUACCAGCGGAAUGCUAAUGCACUGCGUAUAAGAUUAUCCAUACGGAAGGAAUUUGUUCCGGUUAUCCAGAAUGUCGAGGACUUUCAAAUAAGGGGUGACUAUAUGUUCGCCACCAUGAAGAACUCCAAGAACGGGACAUCGGAACAUCUGGACCUCUACAUCUCCUAUAAAAACCAGUCCUUCGUCAUGGCGCAUUUUAAUACAGAAUUGGACUGCAAGGAUUAUCACAUCGUCGACGUGUCGUCCAAUCGGGUGUUCAUCGCGGUAUCCCACAGCGAGACCAUGGUGAAUCUUUACGUGUCGGAGGUUAUAGAUCACGAGAAAGCUAUAUUUACUUUAUCUCUGGACGGCAUCCUCACAUUUUUCCCUAACAGCACUUGGAAAGAUAGUUGGCUGAAUGACGUGGCCGAUGAAGCAUUCACGGACCUGUACAAGGUCGAAGGCCUCCGAGGUAUAUACAUAGCGUCGCAAGUCAAAGGCGCCCCGAAAUCAGGUUCGAUCGGACCGGAACACCUGGCGUCGGUGAUCACCUUCGAUCACGGCGUCACGUGGCUCAGCAUCAAGGCUCCGGCAGCGAAUCAUGAGGGCUUUUACAUCCAUUGCACGAAAGAUUGCUCGUUGCACCUGAGCCAGAGGUUCAGUCAGUUGUAUCCGGUGACGAGAUCCGUGACGAUUAUGAGCUCCAAGUCUGCGCCCGGAAUAAUAAUGGCCACCGGCGUGGUCGGGCCGAGCUUGAAGGGUCAUCCCGCGCUGUAUGUGUCGCGAGACGCCGGUCUCACUUGGAAGCAGGUUCUGAAGGAUUAUUACUUCUUCAACAUGGGCGACUACGGCGGCCUUCUGGUGGCCGUCAAGUAUUUCAAGUCGCGCGGCGAGACCAGGGAUAUCUCGUACUCGACCGACGAGGGCGAGACUUGGCAAACGUACGAGUUCAACGAAAAGAUGUUGCGCGUCUACGGUCUCAUGACGGAGCCCGGUGAGAACACCACGGUGUUCACCAUGUUCGGCUCAGACAGCGGGCAACAUCAGUGGUUGAUUAUCAAAGUCGACCUGCGAAAUGUGUUCGAGAGAGACUGCACAGAGGACGAUUACAAGUUCUGGUCGCCGUCGAGCGAUGAGCAACCAGUGAUGUCGUGCGUGCUGGGCCAGAAGGAGACGUACCAGAGACGCGCGCUGCGCGCCAAUUGCUACACAGGAUUGAAUUACACCCGAGCGAUGAGACCGGAGAUCUGCCCAUGCGACGCGAACGACUAUCAGUGCGACUACGGCUUUGUGCGCUUUGGCAGUCCUUAUCAGUGCAUCCGCGACAAGUCCAUUCCGAAUUACGACCCUUACGCCGUGCCGAGCACAUGCAACUCCGGCGAGUUUUACAACCGUACUAAAGGCUACGUGAAGAUAUCCGACGACGAAUGCAAAGGCGGCCUCGCGAGGAACUUCGAGCCCGACGAGAUACCCUGCCCGAUGUACGAGCGUCGCGAGUUUCUGCUGGUCGCCCAACGGGAGCACAUCUCGCGCAUCGACCUGGUCGACGAGAACCUGGAGAUGCUACCGGUGCACGGGCUGAAGAACGUAAUCGCCAUAGAAUUCGAUCUGAAGAACAAUUGCCUGUACUGGGCGGACAUCGUGAACGACACCAUCGGUAGGCAAUGCCUGAGAGACGGUACCAGUUACCCCGAGAUCCUCGUCGAGACCGACUUGAGUUCCAUCGAAGGGAUGGCCUUCGACUGGGUGUCCAACGUGCUUUACUUCGUGGACGGCGUCAAGAUGCGGAUACAGAUCAUCCGGACGGACGUCUCUACCAUGGGCAGGAUGCGCAGGACGAUAUUGGGGCCGAACAAUCUGCAGAAACCCAGAGGCAUCGCGGUGCACCCGAUGAACGGCUACAUGUUCUGGACCGAUUGGGCGCCGGGCAACGCCUCGGUGUCGCGCGCCAAUCUCGAUGGCACGGACGUGAAGCGGCUGUUCGUGAAGCCCACGGUCGAGUGGCCGAACGGCAUAACGAUCGAUCACAUCGCCGAGCGUAUCUACUGGGUGGACGCGCGCGCCGAUUACAUCGGCUCGUCGGACUUCGACGGCAAGCGAUUCAAGAAGAUCAUCGCCAGCGACGAGCGCGUGUCGCACCCGUUCGCGGUCGCCGUGUUCAAGGACAACAUGUACUGGGACGAUUGGAAGCAGUCCAUGAUAUUUGUCGCCAACAAGGACCACGGUGUCGGGAUAUCGAUGAUAAUCGGCCAGAUGGCCGGCCUGAUGGACCUGAAGAUCUUCGCGCACAGCGUGCAGGUCGGCACGAACGCAUGCGCGAAUAACAGCUGCUCGCACAUCUGCCUGGGCGCGCCGCACGGCGGCCACGUGUGCCUCUGCCCGGACGGGAUGGUGAUGCACGAGGGCAAGUGCAUGUGCCCGGGCGGCAACAAGCCGUACAACGACUCCACGUGCCCGCGCAUCGCCAGCACGUGCUCUUCGAACCAGUUCGCCUGCCUGAACGGUGUUUGCAUCCCGGAGUUCUGGAAGUGCGACGGCGACAACGACUGCGGCGACGGUUCCGACGAGCAACAAUGCAACAAGGCCACCUGCAGCCCCAACAACUUUGAGUGCGAUGGCAAGUGCAUACCCAGGUAUUGGGUGUGCGACCUUGACCGGGACUGCAAGGACGGUGCGGACGAGAGGAAUUGCACGUACUCCAACUGCACGGACGCGCAAUUCAAGUGCGACAACGGCCGCUGCAUCUCGCACCGUUGGCGUUGCGACGGCGAGGACGACUGCAGGGACGGCUCGGACGAGCUAAAUUGCACGAAAAACGUGUUGCCGAGCACUUGCCGCUCCGACGAGAUCGUAUGCCCGAAGGACCACUCGUGUAUACCCACCGCUUGGAAGUGCGACGGCGAGCCCGACUGCGAGGACGGCCUGGACGAGACCGGGUGCAACAACAUGGUGUGCGAGUCGUGGCAGUUUACGUGCAACUCGAGCAAGGAGACACACCGCUGUAUAUACAAGUCCUGGAAAUGCGACGGCGAUAAGGACUGCGCCGACGGCUCCGAUGAAUUCAACUGCACCACCACGCCAAACGUACCGACGCCGUUGAUGCCGAAUCUGCCCACCAACUCGUGCAACGACUGGAUGUUCAUGUGCAACAACAAGAAAUGCGUGCCCUACUGGUGGAAAUGCGACAGCGUGGACGACUGCGGCGACGACUCCGACGAGGUUGGCUGCAGCAACGUGGAGAUGACGUCGGACACUGUGCCGCCACUGUUCACGGAGCUGCCGCGAGUUUGCCGCGAGCACCAGUUCCAGUGCUACAACGGCGAUUGCAUCGAGAACUCGUGGGUGUGCGACGGCUCCAAGGACUGUCCGUCCGGCGAAGACGAGGUGCGCUGCGACCAGCUGCAUAUGUCGUGCCAGAACGAUCAGUUCAUGUGCCGGCGCGACGGCUCGUGCGUGCCGCUGACGAACAUCUGCAACGGCAUCGAGGAGUGCCCGGACGGCAGCGACGAGCUCGGCUGCCUCACCAAUCACGAAUCCAGCCCGGCCGCCGGGCCGUCAUGCUUGGUCGGCCUGUUCCCUUGCGACGAAACGCGCUGUUUCCCCUUGGCGGCCUACUGCGAUGGCAACCAGGACUGCUUCGACGGCUUCGACGAGAGCAAUUGCGAGAAGAACAGCUCGCGCGUCUAUCAGGUCCUGGUGAUGGGCGUGGACGAGCGCUCCAUCAACGACACCAGCUUCUUCCUCUUCUGGUGGAUGCCGAUACCGGCCAACGUCACUUUCGAGUUCCUGCCGUCGAUCGCGCGAGCUGUGCCCGGGGCUACGUGGACCAACGCUACUGACUGGAUCGAAGACACCGAUUACUUGUUCAACAACCUCGACCCUUACACGCGCUACAACUUGACGGUAUAUGUGAAGCUGAAGGGUCAGAACACCGUGUUCCCGCCGGCCAAGUAUCUAAUCGUCAUGACUGGCGAGGGCUUGCCCUCCGAGCCGUGGAACGUCACGGUCGUCCAGAAGAAUGGCACUCGCGUGGAGGUCUCUUGGCGGUCACCUGCACGGCCGAACGGCCUCAUCAUCGGCUACAAUGGCUACAUCACUCCGCCCAUACCACCAUUGGAGUUCACCCGGCAAAAGACCUCGGCGAUCAUCGACAUGGCCUUCGAGGCGGACAAGAAUUACUCCUUCUGGGUCGUGGCGAAGAACCGGCAAUACCAGUCGGCUUCGUCGAAGGUGACCACGUUUAUGUUCGACGGCUCGGCGAACAUCGACGACAUCAAGGACCUGCAAGUCGUCGCGACGACCAAUCACUCGGUCAGCUUGAAAUGGCGGAAGAUGAAAGAUGUGGACAGCUAUCACAUCACACCCCGAGGACCCCUCUCGUAUCCGAUUAUACAGACCGUCUCGACUACGAACAAUGAGAUAGAAGUGACGAAACUGGCCCCGGGCACGAAAUACACGUUCGAAGUCGGCGCGAUGAAGAAACAGUACAUGGGCAAGUUCACCACGGUGGUAGCCACGACGAACGGCACUGCGUUGCCAACGAUCACGAAACUUGACGCGCAAUUGGUCAAGUCCCAGAGAACGACCGUGAAGCUCACCUGGGAUCCUCCGAAGAGCACCCGAAAGAUCAAAUGGCAGUACGCUAUUUAUUAUGCCAUCAACAUGAUGGACUUCUUUAAAGCUGCGAAGCUCACGACGACUAAUCUCACGGCUACGAUCAAAGACUUGGAAGCGUGCGAGGCGUAUUUCUUCGCCGUUGGUGUGAACGGCGAGUACGGGGCAGGACCGCUGAAUCAACCGGUGUCAGUCACGACGCACUUCAACAAGCGCGCGCCCCCGAAGAGAUUGCGCGUGACCCCGUCGUCGGAUAAAAACGAUAGCUUUAUCGUCUCGUGGUACGCGAGCUGCCCAACGAUCGACGAGCCGAUCAGUUACACGAUCACUGUUACGGAAAUGAUCCUCAACAAGCCGACAGUCGUGACGUUGUCGCCGACUAACGAGACCGUCAUGAAGCAUACGUUCCAUUCGUUCAAGUACAGCGGGAAGUACAGUAUUACGGUAGCGACCGACGUAGAGAACGCUAUACCUAGCCAACCGUUCAUCUACGUAGCUCCGCCGAUCAAGUCACCCCAUCAGUUGAGCGUUUUGCGUAACAACCGAGACUAUUACAUUUACUGGCAAGAGCCAGACCUGCCGGAGAACAUGAAGAAGGAUAUCAAUUGGCACUACGAAAUUCUCGUGGCCGAGGGCUCGAGGAUGAUAAACGAGUCGACCGCGAAGAUCCUGUGGGCAGAUCAGAAGCCGUUUUACAUCUACAAGGAUGCUAAGACGGACACGAUUUACACGUUCGCCGCACGACUAGUCACCGAAGAGGGAUACCAGAGUUCGUUGAGCGAGACCUGGAGCACGCAGAUAUCCGCAGGAGCACAGUACCCGGUGAUAAUGAGCACGUCGAACAUACUGUCCCUCGCCAUACCGAUCUGUCUGCUCGUCGUGGCGCUCGGCUCGGCGCUGGCGUAUUUCGUUAUACGACACAGGAGGCUCUCCAACAGCUUUACGCAAUUCGCCAACAGUCACUACGAUACGAGGCGAGGUCAGGCUACUUUCCCGGGUACGACGGAUGGUUUAGAGGAAGAAGACAGCCCAGUGAUUCGAGGUUUCUCGGAUGACGAGCCGCUGGUAAUCGCAUGAGAAGCAUAUACAUGUGUAAUCAGGAUAUUUACGUGCUAGGAAGGAUGUGCCAAGCCACCAAGUAACAUGAUAAUUUCAAAUAUAUAUUAUACAUA